AUGUCCAGACUCCAGAGUCUGAAGGUCUUCGUCAACCAGCGGCUGACCGCGGCGGUGGAGGAGAUCUUCGGACACUUUGAGAAAACAAUAACCGAGUAUGAAGAGGAGAUCACCCGCCGCCAUCGCGAGAUGCUGGAUGUGGUUCAAACACCUGAGAUAAAGCAGAGAGAUGUCCAGCAGCUGUUGGUGUGUAAAAAAGAGCAGCAGGAGUGGAGCUCCAGUCUGGACCAGGAGGACCCAGAGCCCCCACACAUUAAAGAGGAACAGGAGGAACUCUGGACCAGUCAGGAGGGAGAGCAGCUUCAAGGACUGGAGGAGGCUGAUAUCACCAAGUUCACAUUCACUCCUGUCCCUGUGAAGAGUGAAGAUGAUGAUGAUGAAGAGAAACCUCAGUCCUCACAGCUUCAUCAGAGUCAGACUGAGGAGAACAGAGAGGCAGAGCCUCCAGCCAGCAGCUCAACUGAACACAUGGAGACAGAAGCUGAUGGAGAGGACUGUGGAGGACCAGGACCAGACAGGAACUCAGAUCCAGACAGACAUUUACAACCAGGUUCUGAUGACAAGGCUUCAGACUCCUGUGAACCAAAGGAGACCAGGGAACUUCAGUCAGGAAUAAAUAAUGAUGUUCCUGUAAGUGAUAUGGGAUGCAAUAUUGGCAAAUUAUAUAGAUGCUCUGAAUGUGAAAAAAGCUUUGGCUCCUUGGCAUAUCUGAAAUUACACAUGAGAUGUCAUACAGGAGAAAAACCUUACAGGUGUCCAGUUUGUAGGAAAUGCUUUUCAUGGAGUGGACGUUUACAGAAGCACCUGAGGAUCCACACAGGGGAGAAACCGUUCAGCUGCCCAGAGUGUGGGAAAGGUUUUGGUGAAAGUGGAAAUCUGAAGGUGCACAUGAGAAUUCAUACAGGAGAGAAACCAUAUAUUUGCUCUGCUUGUGGUAAAAGAUACAGACAAAAAGGAAGUUUGACUAAACAUCUGGAAGCAACUGAACGGUUUCUCUCCUGUGUGAAUUCUCAUGUGUGUCUUCAGAUUGCCCUUGAGGCUAAAUUUUUUACCACACUCAGUGCAGCUAAAAGAUUCUUUGGCAGAAACCUUUUUCUCAGUUUGGCUUUGACGAAGCUGCGAGGACUCACCGACACACUUGUGGGUUUUGAGUUGAGUAUACCAAGUGAACCUUUUGUCACAAACACUGCAGCUGAAUCGUUUCUCCUCUGUGUGGACUGACAUGUGCAGGGUCAUACGUCUUUUAUGGGCAAAUCUUUUAUCGCAAAAUGGGCAACUAAAUGGUUUCUCUCCAGUAUGAAUUCUUAUGUGUAGCUGCAAA